AUGGCGAGCAUUAGCAAAGACAUGCAAGCUCGGGCCGAGAAGCUGAAGUCAGUCGUGACAUGCCCGAUCUGUAACAAGUUCUUCAAAGAUGCCACCGCCAUCUUUUGCAGAAAAUGCAUCAGCAAGAAGAUAACAGAAGAGAACUUGCGUAACUGCCCCGUAUGCGACAAAGAUCUAGGCUGUGCUCCACUGGAGAAACUCAGGAUGGACCACGAUGUGCAAGAUAUUAGAACAAGUAUCAAGACUUUUGCGAAAAUGAAAACUAAGGAACAUGAACUUGCAAAAGGAACCGCAAGCGAAGCUAAAGCUACAAGAAGAGAAGUUAAGGAACCUGAAGUUGUGCCCUCCAUACCUCUGUUUCCUAGGAGAAAGGAGAGGUCUCUAUCUUCCUUAGUGAGUACUCCUGGAGUAGCAAACAAUUCUGCUAGGAGUGGAAGAAGAAAACACUCUGCAAGAAAGGCUACAGCUUUUGGAGGAUCCACAUCCACUCUGCCCAUUGAGGAGCCAAUUACAAAAGUGGAUGAACGCCCUGAGAGCUCAAAUUCUCCUCUGACUCUAAACAAGAUUAUGCAGGAUAAAAAGCAGGCUAGUCUCUGUGCAUUGCUUGUUUGUCAUUAUACCUUUUUCAAUAACAGCAUUUUGCUUAACAUUGUCUUGCUGCAGAAGAAUUCUGCAGUUGAGUCCUCUAAGCAACACAUGCCUGACAAAGCUACUACAGAGCAGAGAGGCGAACCAUUUGAUGGAAUGACUGAUUUGUGGAAACCUCUGAAUUGCCUGGUAGAAGCUGGGGGUAUGACAAAGUCUAACAUGUCACACUUGGAAGGUUCUGUUAUGAAAUCAGCGCUGCCUAAUGUUCAUGAGGAUGUACCUAAAGGCAAAGGUAAGGAAUGUGCCAAAGACAGCAAAAAUACUACAACUGCAGCACCAUCAGGUUCAACCAAACCUAGAAAAAUGAGGCGUGGUCGAAAAAAAAGAGAAGUUGCCUCUGAGGGAUUAAACAUUCCGGCACAAGAAGUUGUUGACACCACGAACAGGAGAUCGGAGACAAGAGUUACUCCAAUCUGGCUUUCAUUAGUUGCUUCUGAUAAACAUUACUUAGUCCUACCAUUUUCUUACAUGUUGAUUGUUGUGACUAAUUGUCUUAGGAAAGGGAAUGCACCCUUGCCACAGUUACCUUCACGCUACUUGAUGAUAAA